CUGGGCCUUCAGCGGUCAUGGGCGAUGCGAGCGGGUGCCGCAGCAAGGCAGGUACGACACCCCCCGCGCCUGCGCCACCGCCUACCCCGCAGCGGAGCGUCAGGGGCUGCUGUUCGUACUGCCCAAGCCGCUUCCGCCGCCCCUGAGACUUGCCGCGUCAGCAGGAGGCAGCGGCGGCGCCCCCAAUGCCGACCUAGCGGCCGCACUGGCGGAGGCGGCGGAGGCGGAGGCGCGCAUUCCCCUGGUGACGGAACUGGAGGAGCCGGGAGGUGGAGGCUGGGUGGCGCAGGACGUGUGGCGAGAUCUGCCGUACGACUGGUCCACCCUGAUGGAGAACGUGCUGGACUCCAGCCACGUGCCCUUCACGCACCAUGCGUCCAUGAGCAACCGCGACGUCAUUGGCCCCUACGACCUCAAGCUCACCUCGCCCCUCACACAGCAGGGCUUCACCGGCAUGUGGAAGACGGGACCCCGGGCGGGCAAGCUGGGCUCGCAGUCCACCCAGUUCGUAGCGCCGGGCUUCAUGCGACACAGGCUGGAUGGCGGUGCCUUUUCAUCGCUGACGGUGGUGUAUGCGGUGCCCAUGCGCCCGGGCAAGUGCCGCCUGAUCAACCGCAACAUCAUCC